AUGGAGUUUCAGAUGACACAGAUGAUGACGGCUGGACGGAUUUUUUGUUUUUCUGGCGUUCUCAACUGUUACAUUCUCAACUGUUACAUGAAUUUGUGAUGCAAGAAUGGCAAAAGUGACAAGGGGAAUCUUGCGCGUCUUGCAUGACAGAUCUGGCACCGAUUGCCAGCCUGUUUGGCCCUCUGCAAGUUUGUCAUGCGAAGCAGCUUGAUGCUGUCGAUUCUGAAGGCAAUUUUGCAUGACAAAUCAUGUAACAGUUGAGAAUGUAACGUUUGAGAACGCCAUAUGUUUUUCUGGCCAGUUGUAAGUAUAACGAUGUGGAUGUACGUUUAUUAUGCAAAUCAAUACACAUCACAGAUGAAACAGUACCGUUUUACAAGAAGUGAUGAAAUAACAAUAAGAAUAAUUACUGUAGUACUAAGCAAACGAGCAGUGACAGUGAGUGCUACCCCGCUGCCGCUGCUGGGUCGUUUAUUAGAGAAUAAAGAAGAUUUGAUACAGACCAGACAUGGACCGUUUUUUAGAAAAAGUUAAGGCUCGCACGUCCAUCUCUAGACAGCCAAAACGCAUUGUAUAGAAGACACAGAAGAAGCCUGCCCCUGCCCAUGUUGCAAAUCGAAAUAGUACGCAGCUACAUCAUAAUGGAGCAAUAGCAAAAAUACUCGAUGUUGUGCCAACACUCCAUAAGUCCUUUUUGCAGCUGCCAAGCAGUGAAUGAUUAGGAGAAAAACUAAAACUCUCUUUUGAAUGAAAAACACGAUGACAACUUCUACAUGUGAUUCCCAUAUGGAUAAGUAGCCGUAGCACCUUCCUGAGUGUACACGACUACGAGUGCUACAGGAAAUGCAAUGUACAGUGUCGCAAUUAAAGUGGCAUCAUGAGGCCGAAGCGGCGAAACACAGCUUUGUCCAUUGUGUUUGCUCCACGAACUACCGAGCCCCAAUAAGUCAUUCCCAUUCUCCAUAUUUUGCUGUUGUGAUAAGUU